AUGGUGUGUUUCUCCCAGACCCAGACUGUGGCCCCCGUCACUCAGCGACCGCUAACCACCACUCCGUCGCUUUCACUCCGCCCACAGGUCCCAGAGCCGCCGUUUCAGGCGGCCGACCCACCAUCCUCACAGCCACCCCAACUCCCAAAGCUGCCCUUUUCGCUACGCCGCUCGAAUGCAGUGCGCCGCUCGAUAGCGGCUGCUCCAACCACCGAAGCGUCGCCACAGCUCUGUACGCAGGCCACGACCGAGUACGGUGCGGCGUCGGAGGCAGCAAGCAAGCAACAGCGUCGUCGACAAUCUCCCGUGCGCAACUUCAGCCUGCCAACCUACCACCCAAAGCAGCCACGCAGCCUGGCGCGCUACUACGCAACGGCGCUCACUCGCACCGACCAAGCGGCACUGGCGCGGGGCGCAAAGAACCACAACCUGAGGUCCUGGACGCCAGAAGAAGGGAUUCUGCACGCACGGCUGCGGAGGAACCUCGUCCCGACUCACCUGCACAUGGGCGCGGACAGGAAGGUGCGUAUCCUCCCCGUGAUCAUCGUGACCAAGGGACAAGACGAGUCGGCUCACAUGCGCCAGCUUUCGCACACGUCGCCGGUCUCGCGCUCUCGCAGCGGGCCAUCCAUCUCGCCGCCCGCGCCGGUGGGGCAGGAUGGUGUGCAUGGUCGUGCGGCGAGCAGUGGGCCAUGGCGGUACGGUGCGGAACCCGUCCGGCUCGGGCUCUCGCGUUGGUAG